UCAAUUGGAUAUCUCAAACUUUCAGAGUAUGAAUGUCACAUAAACGAUCUGCUUUUCAAUGAUUCGUAUAUUAAACUUAAACAUACUAAAGCCUGUGUUAUUAUUUAUCCAGAUUCAAAUUGGGAUACACUGUUUAUGUUUGAUAAUCAUGGUGCAUUUGCUGAUGAUGCUUUAUUGGUCUCACAGAUGAAUAUGGGUAAUGGUACUAAAAUGUCACUUCUUCAUAAUAGCAUUAAGCCAGAUGGUUCUCCACACAUAAUGAUAUAUAUAGAUGACAAAGGUGUGGUAAGACCUAAAGGAAUUUGA